CCCCUAUGCUCAGUUCGUAACGUCAGGUAGCUGGAGUUUAGCCCCUAAGCUACUCUCGAUCUCUCCGCUUCAGUCCUUGACUAGUGUGCAGAAUACUCCAUUUGUUGGAGUUGGAGACAAUCCUCCUCAGGGCCUAGGGCUAGGGACCAAUAGGAUUCUAUGGCUAAUCUUGAAGGCAACCCUUGUAAGCCAAUUGGAGCUCCCGAGCCUUUUCUUAGAAGCAACAAAGACGAGGUGUGCUGCACUACCCCUUCGUUUAUCGCCAACCUGCUCAGAAAUGACGGAAUGACUCCAGUGUCUGGUGUUAGUGAGAACGUUAGUGCUUGCCGUGUUUGUGAUGAGAGUGGUGAUGUGGUUGAGGGAGCACGGCCAUUAAUGCCCCCCACCAUUGAAGAGCUGGAGGCCAUCGAGAGUGAGGGCAACAAAGGGCAAAAGAAAGACGAUGAAGAACCCCAUGACAAAUUGAUGAGCAGUCUGAUACGAGCGGAGAGUCCACCGGCAGAGAAAAGGUCCUUACAGCCUCCCACUUUAGCUGAGCUGGACGCCCUCAAGGAAGAUGACAAGGCAGACCCUCAGGCUAGUAAGAUCCCCGAGAAAGGUCUCCACAUGAGAGAUCUGAGGAAGUUUCUCCUCCCAGAAGCUCUGGCCUCUCUGGAACUUGACACAAAGGACGACGAUUACUGGCAAGCGUGGAAUGACACGUUUAAGAUAUUUCUAGCCACCAUUGCCGACAAAAAUGGAAAUUUCUUUGCCUAUCAAUUCCUGCGAAAGAUCUUUAAUCCUCUACGCAAGUGUGGUAACUGUAGAAAGUACAAUACAAGUGUGCUAGUGACUGAGAAUAACCCUCUCGAGUUGUUCAUCACCGACCGAGGCAUAUUGGGACGAAUUAAAGUCCACUGCAUCAAUUGUGGGGAGACAGAGCCCCUUGUUUCGUGCGAAGACCCAGAAGAGAUCCCAACGGACGUAAAAUCUCUGAUCACCUUGGAAAAAACCAAGGGGAAUUUUGUGAAGAGGUUUACUCAUCACGAGGUACUCCAUGAUCUGAUGGAGCUCUUGCACAUUGCGGCCAUCGAGCACUGUGCAGAGAACAAGAAGAGACAUUUGGAGCUGGCUGAAUUUCUUCUCGUUAAUGCACGCAAGGUCUGCGAACAGUGGUGUCGUUUGGAAUAUCGCGAACUUCGUGUCAAGAAGUUUAUUCGAUUUCGUGAAGAAGUGCUACUCGUGGCGCACAACCCCUCCUACAUGCCUGCCUGUACACGCGAGUACAUGGAAAUGUACGAAAUGAUGGCCAAUUCAUUCCGUCAAAAUCGAGAUCACAUUCAUACGAUCCUUCAGGCGAUCAAGGAUUCCUUGAUAGAUUCCCCUUCGCGUUCGCAAUGCAUGUUCUGGAUUGCCAUUGCCCUUCUGCAUGCUGAGAACUACUACAAGUUCAAGCAAAAGUAUGACCCUCGAUCGUGUAUGCGUAUAGACGAAGGUGAAUACUGGGCCUUACAUGAUCGCUAUAUUGGCCUUGAUGCUCCAGUCGGGGUUAAAAAGAUUCCUGUAGUUUUCGUACUUUUCGAGCUGCCCCGUUUUUACCAUUAUAUUGAGUUUUUGGAAAAGAACUGUGGUCGACGAGCAAAGAUCUAUUUGACUAAGGAAGAGCGAUACGAAUUGGGAAGAGCUGAAAAAGAAGCAAUAAAGCGAGGAUUCUCACGACCGAAAAAAACCGGGGUGAUUAUUUCGCCAGAGAAACAUCUGGACUUUCUGAUGAGGCAGGAGGAGCUCGUGAAGAUGACAAGGAACAAGGAGUUUGUCAGUGCCUUCAACAAAAAGCAACAGGAUAGCAAAAAAAGGAAGAGAGAAAAACGAAGAGCGAUCAAAGGCAUUGACACUAGCAAAACUACUAGUAAAACCAUUGACAAGAAGAUUUCUUCAGUGAAAGAACCUCAUUCUAUUUCCCAACAGAAUACCGCCCAAGUCAAGGAAGAGGCUGAUGCAUUGAAGGAUGUAUGUAAGGAUGAAGAGAAAGUCACUGAAAAACCUGCAAACAAAUCGAAUGGCACCAAGAUAGAAGAGGAGCUUGAAGUCAACCCUGCAAAUUUGCAUGACAAGAAAAAUGAUGAAGCAGACCUGUCAGGAGAUAUCGAUUCAGAUGGAAGACCUGCGGACAUCUUCGGUUCCAAUAAACCAGCUGCAGAAGGUAUAGACUCUUGCACGUUGAAAUAUUCUCAAAAUGAUCCUGAUACCGCCAGCAUGCAGUCGAGCUCUUCUAUUGUUGAAGUGCCUUCAGGUUUCACGUCACCGCCUGUAGAGGCACUGGAUUCCCCACUAGAUCCUGCGCUAGAGUUACAAUCUAAGCCAUUGAACCUCAAGCCACAUCUUGACACUUUAGAUCGCCUAUCAUCACACGAAUCCAAACAAACUCUGGACCCAUUAGAUCGCAUAUUGGUACCAGACCCAAAACCUAACUUGGACCCGCUAGACCACUCAUUGUCAUUGUACCCAAAGCCUAUGUUGGGCCCAUUUGACCCCCCAUUAUUGUCGGACCCAAAGCCUAAGUUGGAUUCUCCAAACAUCCCCUUAUCACCAGGCGCAAAGCCUAAGUUGGACUUACUUGAGCGCUCAUUGUCACCGGGACCAAGGCCCAUGCUUGUCCCAUCUGACCCCCCAUUCUUAUCGGACCCAAAGCCUAAGUUGGAUCUACUAGACCGCUCCUUGUCACCAGAUGUACGUGUAAAGCCUAAGUUAGACCUAUUUGACCGCUCCCUGUCACCGGGGCCGAACCCUAAGGUGAAGCCAUUAGAUUGCGUCUCUUCAUCAAAACCAGAACUGAAGUUGGAUCCACUAGAUCGCCCAUUGUCCCCAGACCUAAAGUCUAAGUCAAAAUCACUUGGCCCCUGGCUCUCACCAGGCCCAACAUUGUCGCCUGACCCAAAGCUAGAGCUCGAUGACACUGAAGAAUUCCUCGACCUCCAAUCAUAUCUCAACUCGCAGCCUAAAAUGGACCAAGCAGAAGUAGACGCCUUAAUUGAAUCAAAUUCUUACAUCAAGCGGUCACUAGAAAUGUACGCCAAAAUGAACCCUGCACGUAAGAGUAGCCCACUCGGAGACUUCCCGAAAGAAUCUCCUGCUGUACACCCACCAUCAUAUGACGCAUCCCAAUCAUCGUUGAAUCUUUCUUCUGAUACCCGUGAGUCAAAAGAGUGGCCGUGUGCAAUGAUACUUUCUACCAAUGAUAUACAUGUGAAAACCCCAAAGGAUGCACUUGUAGUAGACCCAAUCGAAAAGAAAAAAUUGCUGGAAGAAGCCAUUCGAGCAAAGGUAGUUGAGGAGCAUGGUCCCAUCGAUGAUCAAGCAAUUUUGGUUGUGGAAGAAGGAAAAUCGCCUGUCAGUAUUCAGGAGUGGGUUGACAACAAAUACUUAGACACAGAAGCAGUGGACGAAAUAGGGCGACAACUUUUGGAGAAGUUCUCUGGAAAAUCCACUGAUGAGCCUUCUGCCACCAAUAGUAAAGAGUCAAGGAGUAAGCUACUGUACUUUAACGAACUUUUGAGAGAGUGUCUCCUAGAAGAAGAAGCGAAGGCUAAAGUAAAGCGUUCAACACCAACAGAAUCGACUGAACAGGAAUGCAAAGAAAACGAUGAAAUGGUAAAAUCUCUGCUUUUUACACAAGCUCACUCCACCAUUCAAACUCUCCUUGAGUGUGGCGAUGCAUCCAGGCUGGGGCUGUAUCUAGACUGUGUCUAUCAAAAGGAAGUAAUGGAUAGUUUUCUCUGUCAUAUUGAUGAGAAGGUGUGCAACAGAGCACUUGAUAUGGACCCAGAUGAGAUUAGAGAGACGGCACGGUUGUCUGUCGUCGAUUACCGGAAUGUAAUUGCUUCAGAGCUGAAGAAGCACUCUGAGAAAAAGAAGAAAAGAAAAGCAAGGAUAAUCGCACCUGAGGUUGAUCCAGCAUUCAAGGGUAAAAUGAAUCCAGGCUCGUAUUCGUUCCGUGGUUUGGCUGUAGGGGGUGAGAAUCAGCCUAGCAACCUCCCCCGCAAUGCCAUGAUGUGUACCCAGGUUUCUACGGACCUACUCAGAUCUCAGGGUUACAAGGUGGACACAGAUUGCAAGAUGGUGUCUGUGAUUGCAGACAAUGAUGGAGUGAUUCAGAAGAUUGUGGAAGGUUUGGACACUGCAGAGGACAUGCAGCACUUCAUCGAAAGACAACUCAAAGUCCCCAAGAAGAACAUUACUGACGGGGCAGGCUACAUGGUGUUGCCUAGCAGCAAUAAGCCUGGUGGCAUUGUUGGCUGGAAAAAUGCUAAAGAGGAGCCAGUGAAGUUCACAGGGAACCCGAAGAAAGCCAAAAAGAAGGCUAAGAAACUGGCAAAAGAACCAAAAGCUAAAAAGAAUGAGGGUGAGCGAAUCACACUGGGCAAACGUUCUUUUACCCAUGAUGAGAUCCGUGAAAUGUCUACUGGAGACCAUCCUCUAAUGGAGGGUCUUCCUGACAUCGACCUCGAUGUUGACCCCUUCGACGUGGAGGCUCUCAAGGCCAUGCACCCCUGGCUCAAGAUUGUUGAAAAUGCUGUGAUGGAGCCUAAAAAUGAAGAGGAGCGUCAAGCAGUGUACGAUAAAAUGAUGACCCCGGUCCCGGUGAAGGGUCUUGACCCUGAUACCCCUCGACAUAUUAUUGCUUUGCCUCAAGGUCGAGAGAAUGCCGAAGAUUAUUCCAAGAAUGGUGUUGACCCGGUGGAAGAGUACAAGGCAAACUUUAAGCUUUCUUCGCAGCUCAAGUCCGAGAUUAGCGCACACAGCAAUAAGGACACAAGCAUAUCAGAAGAAAAACUUUCGGGAGGGAUACCACAAAAAAUGUCUUCAAGACUUCCUGAUUCUCCUACAGUAAGCACAUCAGAAAAAAAAGUUUCAGGAGGGAUACCACAAAAAAUGUCUUCAAGACUUCCUGAUUCUCCUACAGUAAGCACAUCAGAAGAAAAACUUUCGGGAGGGAUACCACAAAAAAUGUCUUCAAGACUUCCUGAUUCUCCUACAGUAAGCACAUCAGAAGAAAAACUUUCGGGAGGGAUACCACAAAAAAUGUCUUCAAGACUUCCUGAUUCUCCUACAGUAAGCACAUCAGAAAAAAAACUUUUGGGAGGGAUACCACAAAAAAUGUCUUCAAGACUUCCUGAUUCUCCUACAGUAAGCACAUCAGAAGAAAAACUUUCGGGAGGGAUACCACAAAAAAUGUCUUCAAGACUUCCUGAUUCUCCUACAGUAAGCCCACGAAAGAAAUUUUCAAAAGUUCCCGAUUCUCCUGCAGUAAGCCCUCGAAAGAAAUUUUCUAAAUUUCCUGAUUCUCAAGCAGACACGUCACCUUUACUGUCAAUGCUAGAGCCUCAUUUGUAUAGCCCAGAGAAGAAGGUGAGUGACGAUGACGAGCAGAGACGCAAGCUGUUAACAAAGGAACAGGAGAGAGAUGUCCUGGAAUCAACUGAGAUUAUUGAUUUGUUGAAGGCCAAGGCCGAUAAGAAAAAGAAUAAGAAUAAAACAAUAAACUACGAGGAGUCUAGUAUCCCACAUCGACAGAUGAGAAUUCUGGAUGCUAUGGAAGUUCCAUAUCGUUUGGAUAACAUUAUGGUAAUGACUGAACCUGUCAUGGAUGGAGGCCUUAUUAGCAAAAUCACCCUGCUACCUUUCGAAAAUUCAAAUGAUGUCCCCCAGCCUAAGUCGUCGUCCCAGGUAUCACAAGUGAUUCAGAAGUAUUCUUCCCGAAACCCAUCUGAGAAUACUUUUCAAGACUCUCGUUUAGCCAAGAACCUGAGGAGAAAAGUCAAAAAGCGACAAGCUGCUCUUAAAUCAACGUUGCUCACAAAAACAGAUUCCCAGUCAGUUGAUUCUAUUGAUGAUACAAAAUCAAGCAGCUCCGCAGCUAGUCUGGGGGGGAGCUCCGACAAAAGUGAUGAAUUGGUAGUCAGAAAACAAGAAAGCCAAGUGUCAACAUCUAGUAGAUUGAUGGACAAGACUCGUGAAGAUUUGUUUGCUAGUCAAGGAGAGAGCAGCCUGAUGAAAAGACAAGACAGUCAACGAUCGACGGCUAGCAGUAGUGGUGUGGACGAUAUUGAUGAGAGUUUGGAAGGCGAGAACAGUGCCAAUGGGAAGGCAAGAAUGACGGCAAGAGAUCGAUUCAAGACAUGUGCCAACUGUAACACCUUAAUUAAGGACAGGAUACAGCUGUGCUCUGGCUGCAAGAAGGUCGCUUAUUGUAAUUCUAUGUGUCAGAAAGCCAACUGGAAAACGCACAAGAAAACAUGCACAUAUGCUGCAAAGAAAAGAACCGGGUAGUCUAGACAGCUAUUAAUUUUAUAUAGAUUAGAGUGAGUAUAGAUAAUUUUUAUGGGCUAUAAUAUAUAAAUUAAUGGUAGAUAGAAUAUAAAAACUCUUCUGCCUGGCAAUUAUUUUGUACAGUGAUGCAUGCAUGUAAAUCUAUUUUUAUUUUGUUACAAAAUGGAUGUAGAAGAUCUAUAGAGAUCAAUGCAUUGA